GAGAUAUGCAGCUGCUGAGCUUGAAGAAAAUCUAAAGAAGUAACUCAAAAAAAACGUCGUUUUGUCACCGAGCCAUGUCUUGAUCUUUCAAAUUGACGAAAGAUCCAGAUAUGGCCAUGCAGGCUGAAGAUGCAAGAUAUCUGAAAAGGAAGGUGAAGGGAGGAAGUAUUGAUGUGCACCCAACAGAGAAGGCCCUCGUGGUCAACUAUGAGUUGGAGGCGACUAUCCUGGGGGAGCUUGGUGACCCAAUGCUGGGCGAGAGGAAAGAAUGCCAGAAAAUAAUCAGAGUGCGGAGCCUCAACUCAGCCACUGACAUUGCCGUCUUGGCGAGGGAGGUGGUGGAUAAAUGCAAGCUGAUUCAUCCCUCAAAACUACCCGAGGUAGAACAACUACUGUACUACCUCCAGAACAGGAAGGAAACAGCGCCCUCUGCUGGGUCAAAGAAGGGUGUGAUGACGGGGCGAUUGAAGGACCCUCCACCGUACGAAGGAACAGAGCUGGAUGAGCAAGCAAACAUCAACGACGUGGAGGAUUAUAUCGAGCUCUUAUAUGAAGACAUACCUGAGAAGGUCCGCGGCACGGCAUUGUUGCUUCAACUCGCUCGGAAUCCCGACAACUUGGAGGAGAUUCUUCAGAACGAGACCGUUCUUGGGGCUCUUGCGCGAGUCCUCCGCGAGGACUGGAAGCGAAGCGUGGAGUUGGCCACCAACAUCGUCUACGUGUUCUUCUGCUUCUCGAGCUUCUCCCAGUUUCACAGCGUCAUUGCGCAUUUCAAGAUUGGCGCCCUCGUGAUGUUCAUUGUGGAGCACGAGAUCAAACGACACGACCUGUGGGUGGACGAACUGCAGAAGAAGAGAAAAGCUGCAGAGGAAAGUCCACAGGCUAAGAAGGAUUACGAGAAGAACAUGAAGAAGUACCACGGUCUCCUGAAGAAACAAGAGCAGCUACUCAGAGUCUCUUACUACCUCCUGCUGAACUUGGCCGAAGACACCAAGGUCGAGAUGAAGAUGAGGAAUAAGAACAUCGUCCCGUUACUCCUCAAGACGCUGGACAGAGACAACUACGAACUCCUCAUCCUCGUGGUCUCAUUCCUCAAAAAACUCAGCAUCUUCUCGGAGAAUAAAGCAGAGAUGGCACAGCGUCAAAUUAUUGAGAAGUUGGCCAAGCUUAUUCCAUGUGACCAUGAGGAUUUACUGAACAUCAGCCUUCGGUUGUUGCUGAAUCUUUCUUUUGAUACCGACCUCCGAGGAAAGAUGAUCAAACUUGGCUUGAUGCCAAAACUUGUAGGCCUUCUGGCCAACGACAACCACCGUCUGAUUGUGCUGUGCAUCUUGUAUCACAUCAGUAUGGAUGACAAAGCUAAAUCAAUGUUCACCUACACAGACUGCAUACCAAUGGUUAUGAAGAUGAUUCUUGAGAGUCAAGGAGAGAGCAUCGAACUAGAACUAGUCUCCUUGGGGAUCAACCUAGCCUGCAACAAACGCAACGCGCAGCUCAUCUGCGAAGGGAACGGCCUGCGACUCCUGAUGCGCCGUGCCCUGCGCUUCAAGGACGCGCUGUUGCUGAAAAUGGUGCGGAACAUCUCGCAGCAUGACGGCCCAACAAAGACGCAGUUCAUUGAAUACAUCAGCGAUAUUGCCAGCGUGGUCAAGAAUUCUGAUGAUGAGGAACUAGUCGUUGAAGCCCUGGGGAUUCUAGCCAAUCUGACCAUACCAGAUCUCGACUAUGAGCUCAUCCUUAAGGAAUAUAAACUAGUGCCAUGGAUCACACAGAAAUUAGAACCAGGUGCGGCUGAGGAUGACUUGGUUCUUGAAGUCGUCAUGUUGGUUGGAACGGUUGCCAUGGACGACUCGUGUGCGGCCAUGUUGGCUAAAUCUGGAAUCAUACACAGUCUUAUCGAACUUCUCAAUGCUAAGCAAGAGGAUGAUGAGAUUGUUUGUCAGAUUGUUUAUGUCUUCUACCAGAUGGUGUUCCAUGAAGCAACAAGGGAAGUUAUCAUCAAACAAACUCAGGCCCCUGCUUACCUGAUUGAUCUCAUGCAUGACAAGAAUCCUGAGAUACGCAAAGUGUGCGACAACACGCUGGAUAUCAUCUCGGAAUUUGACGAAGAAUGGGCUAAGAAGAUCAAACUUGAGAAGUUCCGAUGGCACAACUCUCAGUGGUUGGAGAUGGUGGAAUCUCAGCAGAUGGACGAGAGUGACGGGUUGAUGUACGGAGACGAAGGGUACAGUCCUUACAUACAGGAAUCCGAUAUACUGGAUAGACCAGACCUCUUCUAUGGACAACAAGGUUACGAUGAUGGUGAGAUGUACGAUGGUGUAGUAACUCCUGACUAUGUUGAUGACUACGGCAACGUACAGAACGGAGAUUACAUGGGGUCUCCAGGAUCUGCUAUGUAUGGGAACAGAUACAGCCAAGAGUUCCGACCGGACUCUCGUGUCGCGUACGUCCCCGGCAGUCAGGCCAUCGACGAGUACGGCCAACCCCUUGAGGUCUACGGAGGACCAGCUGUCGAUGAAUACGGCAGGCCUGUGCAGGAGGGGUACGGGUACCAGACCCAUGGGUCACAGGAUUAUGGUUACAGGGGAAGCUAUGAGUACAGAUAGCACUGAUUGGGUAAGAACUUGAAGGGUCAUUGGGUAAGAGGUUGAAGGGUCAUAGUUCAGGGGUCAAAGGGGAAUGGAAUCGGAUUAGAGAGACCUUUUAAUUGGGUUCAUUCUGAAGAGGGAAGAAAUGUCAGUACUGCUUUGGUUUCUUUUGUAGAGUAAUUUUAAACGUCCAUCUCUGUACUUCAUUUUUUAUUUUUGUCGAGGUUUUUUUCACAGGAGUAUUCAGUACUUACACACAUUGCUGUGAGGGCUAAACCCAAAUUAAAUUGUUUAUCCCUAUUUAACAUCUGUUAUAGGUUUAAAUUUAUUCUGGUAUGACCAAAACUUUAGAUGACAAUGAUAUCAUUUUGGGUUUUUCUACUAAAAACCUCAAAUGAAGGCGUGUCGUUUUAGACUAAAGCAUCGCCUGCUUGGUUUCUUUACAUAUACUAUUUGCCACUGUACAUGGAUAUCUUAUUAUAUGCAUGCCAGAAACAAGUCAUUUUCAAUUGUUAAAGUAUUUCUCUUGUGGUAUGCUAUGCUCAACAGUAAUAUUUUCUGCUUAAAGGCACUGGACACAAUUGGUAAUUGUCAAAGACCAGUCUUCUCACUUGGUGUAUC